AUGGCCUCUUCCAGUUAUCAAUCCGGAAGCAAUGUCACAUCCGUCAAACUGCGCCAUGACAUUCCAAAGGGGCCCUACUUUUACGCCCCGCGUACUGGAGAGAUCUAUCAGGCCUUCCGUCUUUAUUCCGAUCAUCAGCUAGCAUUUACUGAAGCUGCCCUUAGCGAUGGAGCUGGGGGAUUCAAGCCCUUGCCAGCAACUUCAUCAGGUGCCAUGACGAAGAGUGUUGCUGUACCAUCUAGGUUAUACUAUACGCCAACAUCAACGAAGCCACUUGCAGGGUUACGUUUAGGAGUGAAAGACAUCUUUGAUUUGAAGGGACUACGGACUAGCGGUGGCAAUCGGGCCUUUUACAAUUUAUAUCCUCCGCGAAACACCACCGGUCCCGCAAUUCAAAGGCUCAUAGAUGCAGGGGCCGUUAUUGUAGGGAAAAUGGGCACUGUUCAAUUUGCAAACGGAGAUAAUCCCACCGCUGAUUGGGUCGACUUCCACUGUCCUUUCAAUCCUCGAGGUGAUGGUUAUCAAAGCCCCGGUGGUUCAUCAUCAGGACCUGGUGCCGGUAUCGCAUCUUACGACUGGCUGGACAUUGCCGUGGGAAGUGACACGGGUGGCUCUAUGCGUAGCCCAGGGGGACUGCAGGGACUCUUUGCCAACCGCCCUUCUACGGGAGCUGUAUCGCUUGACAAUGUCCUUCCACUCUGCCACGAACUCGAUACAGCUGGCGUUUUUGCUCGCAAUGCUGCAACCUGGUCAAGGGUUAUGCAUGCGUGGUACCAGAACUUUACUAACUAUAGAGAGUAUCCGAAAAGGUUGUUCUACCAGAACUCUUCUUUUCCCAGCUCCAGCACAGCAUCUGGUGCAAUUCUUGAAGAAUUCGUUAUGAAAGUGGAAGAUUUUCUGGGCACGAAGAGGGAGUUUGUUGAUAUCGCUUCGCAUUGGGAGAAAAGCCGCCCUUCCGAUACACCCGCGAAUAUAACUGACUUACUGAAUACAACAUAUGCAGUGUUGGUAUCUGUCGAUCAAUAUCGCUCUCUUUCUUUGCCGUUUUACGCAGACUACGCAGCAAAGCACGACGGUCGCCGACCAUUUGUGAAUCCAGGACCCUUGUUGCGAUGGGCAUGGGGCCAGAAUAAUGGUGGCGAUGCCGCCUAUGACGAAGCCCUCAAGAACAAAACGAUUUUUAAGGGCUGGUGGGAAGCCGAUGGAUACGGAAGGGCAGACGAAAGGACUUGCUCUGAGGGUAUCUAUGUAUAUCCUUACAGCAAGGGUCAAACACAGUAUCGGAAUGUCUAUUUUGAUGCACCUUCUGGGCCUCCGAUGGGCUUUAAGGAUGGUCGGGUGGCCAUCUUGGCCGGUACCCCUGAUUUGGUAGUUCCUGUUGGAGAGGUCCCAUAUUACUCCACCGUCUCGCUCAAAACGGAGUUUAUGCCGGUUACUAUGAGUUUUGGCGCAGCCCGGGGCUGUGAUCUGAUGCUGGUCAAUCUCAUUGAGGAUUUGGAACAGGCGGGUAUCUUGAAGCCCGUGAGCACGGGGCCAACGAUGUAUCCUGCGUUAGUCUGA